ACUAUUAUCGAGUCUUUUUGAAAAGAAAAACAGACAGCUGAACAAAGUCAACGAAGCAACUCCAGGAGCAAACCAUGGAUUAUCUUGGGAUUGAUCUGAGCUGCGCGAUAGGAUCUCUUCAGAACGGUGACUUUCCGGCGAAAGAUUGUCUUCUUCCUCUCAUUUCUAAGUUGCUCGGUUACUUCGUCGUCCUUGCUUCAAUGACCGUCAAGCUUCCCCAGAUAAUGAAAGUCGUGGACAACAAGAGUGUAAAAGGGUUAAGUGUUGUAGCAUUUGAGCUAGAAGUGGUUGGUUACACAAUCUCACUUGCUUAUUGUAUUUACAAAGAGCUUCCAUUUUCAGCUUUUGGUGAACUAGCUUUUCUUUUGAUCCAAGCUUUGAUCUUGGUGGGUUGUAUCUAUUACUUCUCUCGACCUCUCUCUGUAUCAACUUGGGUCAGAGCGGUUCUUUACUUUGCUUUAGCACCAACUGUGUUAGCUGGUAAGAUUGAUCCUUUGCUAUUUGAAGCUCUUUAUGCUUCUAAGCAUUUGAUAUUUCUCUCUGCAAGAAUCCCUCAGAUUUGGAAGAAUUUCAGAAACAAAAGCACUGGACAACUUAGUUUCUUGACUUGUUUCAUGAACUUCAGUGGAGCAAUGGCGAGAGUUUUCACCAGCUAUCAGGCCAAUGCUCCGCUUAGCAUGUUUAUGGGAUUUUUUAUUGCAAUCUUCACUAAUGGAACUAUCAUGAGUCAGAUUAUUUUGUAUCGGAGCAAAGGAAAACAAGAUAAGCAAGUGAAAGGUAAAAAGAUUUCAUGAUCAUAGUCAUAUACCAGACUUUGUUAACGAGAUUUAAACGAUGUUGCAAUCAUCCAAUAAAAGUAAGCUCGUUUUCAUUCCUA